ACCGUCGUAGCGUUCGAUCGCCCUCCGCUCACAAUCGUGGUAUAUAGACAGCACGCGAUUCGUCCACAUUACACGCGACGUCAUAAAAUUAUAACAUUGUCGUGUACAUGUGACGUUAUCUAUCGCAUCCACACGAGGUCGGUCAGUCUUGUGGUCUAUAAUUGCAUAAUAUUACACGUCAAAUCACAUCAAACCGUCGUCAUGUACGGCCGCCGCGAUUCCGCGGUGUUGAUGACCGCUCUGGUGCUGUUGACGUUGGCCGUAACUCGGGGCCAACCUACCUCCGAUGCCCCCGUAUCACCGGAAAAAGCAGCAUCCGACCAGUCAGCUGCUGAUAUUAACUCCGUCAACCCGACAGCCACCACAUUUUCCAGAUCCUACAAUGGAUCAGCAGAAAGUAUGAAAAAAGCCAUGUGGAAGAGGUGCGUGUCCAAGAACUACGUGACGUGUGCAAAGCUGGCGCUGGUUCAUCUGAUGGACCGUCUGGAGCGGGCCAACAACAGCUACUCGCUGGUGCCCGGCGUGACAGUUUCCAGCGAAAAGUAUCACGAUCGGAUAGAUGACGACAACGACGGUGGUGGAGACGUAGCUGCGCAAAAAAACACAGUCCGCGACUCGUCCGAAGCCUUUGACCGGUUGCUCGUCGACAAGUUGGGUCGAUACUUCAGCACCCUCACGCUUAACGUCAAGCUGUUAGACGAAGCGACCAUUCAGUCCGUCCGAAAGUUAGGAGAGGCUGCUGCUGACGCGUCUAUUCAAUCGGGCAGGGGCAAGAAGCAGAAGUACGCGCAGUCCAUCCUGCUGGCCGGAUGGGUGACCGGGGCCAUGCUGCUGGCGCUCGGCAUGAAGGCGAUCGCCGUGCUCGCCGGCAAGGCGCUGAUGACGGCGCUGAUGUCGCUGCUGUUGUCCGGUCUCGCGUCGUUCCGCGGCGGACACUCCGAGCCGAAGAGCACCACCUACGAGAUCGUCACCAAACCGGUGUACUCGCACUCGCACUCGACGGCCGAAGACACGCACGCCGCCGGCAGUCAGAACAACCCAACUUACAGGCGGUCCAUCGGUAGCGGAGCUGCGGGCGGCAGCGGCGGCCUCGUGGGGCUACAGCACGUGCCGGCCCCGUCGUCGGCCGAGGACGCGGACCACGUCGUCUACCGCAUACACACUUCCGACAAGACGCCCAUUUACAUACCCAUCAUAGACCGCCGCCGCCGCCGCUGAUCGCUAUAUUUUAUAACACAUCCCCCCCACUAUCCACCCAGCCAACUCGUGUCUAACUUAUGUGUAUUUAUUAUUAUAAUAUUGUUUAUACGCCGAUGGCAAUUCUAAUUUAUUAAUAUUAUUAUUAUUAUUAUUAUUUAUUAACCGUUUUAAAAUUUUUAUUUAUAUAUUAUUCAUACCGUAAUACCAUGCUGUUUUGCGUUAAUUUAUGUUUAUAAUAAACUUAUACCUAUUAUAUACGACGUACCUAUGCGGAAAAGAAACAAAACGUUAGUUAUUUUUUUAUUUUGUACGUUUUCGCGAAUAUCGGUUCUGUGUGAUUUUUUUAAUCUAUACAUAAAGUCUAUUACAUAUUACACCAUAAACAGUUUUUAUAGAUUUUUCAAAUAUAUAUAAGUCAUUAUUGUUUUUAAUGAUCGACUAUAACUGGCUAUAAUAUUUCUGCAAGCUCGUUCUUUUCAUAAUGUGAACUAUUGUUUAAACAAAUAGAUUCAAACAGCGAAUGUUGAUUAGGCUAUUCUAUCAUUAAAUAUCUAUAAUAUUAUAUUAAUAACUAUACACAUACGCACAAACAGCUAUAAACUCUUACAAGGUAGAUUUGAAUUUUUCAGAGAGAUUUUUUAUUUUUAUAUUUAAAAU